UUUUUUUCUGUCUUUACAACUAGCCCCCAAAUCUGAUUUAAACUAAUUUGACACUUCGUUGGUGGAUUUCAUAGCCCGUGAGAAACCCACGAGUAUCCUUGCCAGCUUGGAAAGCUAAGCAAGGCCCAAGUUUUCUAAAAUGGCCGCGACCACAGAUUUUCAUGCCUCAUCCUUGAUGGAAACUACAAACACUGGAUCCCAAACUUCCAGGGUGGCCCGUUCCAUGACAGCCAACGGGUCAGGGGUAGACCAAUACGGAGGCAACCACAAGCCCACGGCGUUAUCCAAUCUGCCAGACUCAUGGAUCCCGUACAUCCAGCUUGCCCGUCUCUUCCCUCCGGCUGGCUUGUUUCUCAUAUACUUCCCGCAUGCCUUUGGCAUACUGCAUGCGGCUAUUCGAACCGGAGCACCUUCUGCCACGCUCCUCUACGCCAGCACGAUAAUGUUCGUCGGCAGCUUCUUCUUCUCAAAUGCCGCGCACACUUGGAAUGACCUGAUCGAUGCUGAGCUAGACGCGAAAGUUGAGCGCACCUACAAGCGUCCGAUUCCUCGCGGGGCUAUCUCCCCGCGCGCGGCGUUCUUGUUUACCGUCACUCAAGCCAUGGGAGCAACCUGGUUCCUGUCAUAUCUACCGGGUGGCUUCCAGCAAGGUUUCCUCUACGCAUUGCCCAACAUCCUUGCAACCAUAUAUUACCCUUGGGCUAAACGACACACUCACUUUUCCCAAUUCGUCUUAGGGUUGUGUUUGGCAUGGGUUCCGGCUGGAUUCUGGUCACUGGAUUGGGCUCAGGAAAGACUUAGCUUCCCCUUUUUCUACAUCACGCUAGAACCGAGUGUUAUGGCACUUUUUCUGGCCGGAGUGGUGUGGACGGUUAUCUACGACACAAUCUACGCGCAUCAAGAUCUGCAGGCGGACCUCCGGGUAGGGAUCAAGAGUUUAGCAGUUCUUUUUCAGACUAGAACGAAGUUUGUACUGUGGCCGCUUUUAGCGCUCAUGGCUAGUCUACUUGUCAGCUGUGGUCAGCGCAGUCACUUCGGAGCAGUGUUUUACCUCGUUGGGGUAGGUGGCGCUAUUGGAGCCCUUGGUGCGAUGAUUGCCCUGGUCGAACUACGGGAUAGUCAGAGUUGCUGGUGGUGGUUCAGCAAAGCAUUCUGGUUGGCUGGUGGCGCAAUUUUUGCUGGAUUGUUGGGCGAGUAUUUAAUGUAG